AUGAGUAAAAAACCCAUAUCAUUUGGUAAAAUAACUCUCAAUUUUCAAAAAGAAACUAGUGAUAAUGGAGCUUCAUCGGGUUUUGGCACAUUUGGACGACCCAUUCAAGAACAGAAGGAGAUCGAAGAACUAUCUGAUGACUUGGAAAACCAGCAUGUUCAUCAAGUUAUGGGUAUAAAAAAUUUUGGAAAAAAAGCUAAAAACUAUGAUAUUGAAGAAAUGAUGGAGCGCGCAAAGAAAACUGCACAAGAAGCUGCGAAAAAAUCAAUGGAAUCUAAAUCAAAAGAAGAUGAUGAUGGGGAUGUUAUAGGUCCUUUGCCACCAAAUUUAGGACAUGAUGAUAUAGGUCCUCCUAUUCCUUCAAAUCUUAUAGAUAAAGAUAAAGAAAACACAAUAAUAACUAAGCAAGAUGGAGAAGACAGCUAUGAUGAGCUCAGUGAUUCUGAUGAUGAAGAAUUACCUUUAGAGAAACAAAUACCAAACACACAUGAGGUAGAAAUGCAUCAUGGUUCUAAAGCAGUAGUAGCAUUAGCUGUGGACCCAUCUGGAGCAAGACUGGCUACUGGAUCCAUUGAUUAUGAUGUUUCAUUUUGGGAUUUUGCUGGCAUGGAUUCCUCUAUGCGUUCAUUCCGCACCCUACAACCUUGUGAGAACCAUCCAAUUCGGGCCCUACAAUACUCUGCUACUGGGGAUUCCAUACUGGUAGUCAGUGGCUCUGCACAAGCUAAAGUUUUAGAUCGAGAUGGAUUUGAAGUACUGGAAUGUGUUAAAGGAGAUCAGUAUAUUACAGAUAUGGCAAAAACCAAAGGACACACAGCUGCCCUAAACAGUGGGUGUUGGCAUCCACAUAUUCGUGAAGAAUUCAUGACUUGUUCUCAGGAUGGCACUUUACGCCUGUGGUUAACUGAAAAUCCUAAACAACACAAAUCUGUUAUAAAACCUAGGCAACAGGGUGGCUUAAAAACCAAUCCUACUGCUUGUGCAUUUUCAAGAGAUGGAAACACUGUUGCUUGUGGCUGCUUUGAUGGCUCAAUACAAAUGUGGGAUCAUAGAAAGAACUUUGUCAACACAUCUUGUGUUUUAAGAGAUGCUCAUCAAAAACAGACAGAAAUAUCCAGCAUUGCAUUUUCAUACUUAGGAUCAUAUCUUGCCAGCAGAGGAAAUGAUGACACUCUUAAACUGUGGGAUUUAAGAGCAUUUAAAAAACCUUUAAACAUAUUUAGUAAUCUAUUCUCUAGAUAUGAACAAACUGAUUGUAAUUUCAGUCCAGAUGAUACAAUGGUUUUUACAGGUGAAUCACUUCAAAGGAACCAAGACGUUGGACAGUUGUUAUUCUACAAUACAAAAACAUUUGAAACGGUCACAAGUAUUGAAGUAACCAAAUCCCAUGUUAUCAAAGCCAUAUGGCAUCCGAAAUUGAACCAAAUUUUUAUAGGCUGUGGUAAUGGAGUUGUUAAAUGCUAUUAUGAUAACAAGAGGAGUUUACGCGGUGCUAAAUUGUGUAUAGUCAAAACUCAUAGAAAGAGACAAUCUGUAGAAGUUGUUAGCUCUCAACAAAUUAUUACACCUCAUGCACUACCAUUAUUUAAACAAGAGAAGUUGAGAACAAAUAAGAAGAAAAUGGAAAAAGAGAGACUGGAUCCUGUUAAGUCUAGAAGACCAGAUCUUCCAAUAACUUCAGGUCAAGGUGGAAGAGUUGCAGCAUCAGGAAGUACAUUAAGCUCUUUUGUGAUAAGAAAUUUGGGCUUGAGUAAAAGAGUGAACGACGAACAAGAUCCGAGGGAGGCUAUUCUGAAAUAUGCUAAAGAAGCAGAGGAGAAUCCAUUCUGGGUGUCGCCUGCUUAUAAAAAUACACAACCAAACACAAUUUUUGCAGAUGAGGAUGGACCCACUGAUGCUAAGAAACCUAAAAGCGAAUAA